UCAAUUGCACAAGUUGUGACAUGUAAAAAGCUCGACCGAGUUAAAAAGUCUAAAAAGUAAACUCAAGUUUUCGAGGAGGGAUCGGUGUAGGCUUCAGAAAAGUGCUCGAAAUUGGGUUAAAAUCCACUUUUCUCCAGUGAAUUGCAGCACAAAACGAAUUCUGUGUUAGUUGUAAAUCAAUUGGUGAUAUGAAAAAGUGUUUUAAUAUGUGACUUAGGGUAGAAAAAGAUCUGUGAAAUAAAUCAAGGUGUCUGGGAUUCAACGAAGAGAUCAUUUUUGGAUAUCUACAAGAUGGAUUUGGCUGAGACGAUGAAGGCGGCCCUGUCGAAUAGCAAGCCGGGUGGCGGUACUUCCGGGAAUAUGGUGGGUAAUCCGUCUGGCAUGAAUUCUAAUCACAGUGGAGCUCAGGGACAGGAACAACCAGUUGGUGCUGGUGCUGGGUAUGUCACAGAAAAGCUCUAUAUGCUGCUGCAGCUGUAUCUACAGAAUAAAGGUUGGAAUCCAAGUGUUGAGCUCCUCCAGUGCUUCUCGGAACUCAAAGACAGUGCUCUCUUGCCCAAUGCUGCCUAUCUACAGGUCUUGGCAAAUCGCUUAGCCCUGGAUUCCCAAGGGCGUUUGGUGCUGCGGGAAUCUGGGAAAAUUGUGCUUCCUUUUGAGCAUUUUGCAAAUGCCGUGAUGCUGAAACAUAUGUCGGGGCCCCAUGGUCUCCAUCUAAGUCUCGAGGCUACUGUGCGUGCUGUCAUGGACUCAUACACAAUUGGCCGGGAGAAUUUUGGCAUGGAGAAGGAAUUUAUUGUGGAAGUUGUUCAAUCAUGUCCCAAUCCAGCCUGUCGUUUCUACAAAAAUCACCUGGGUUCACCCUUUCUUGACCAACAAUUCCCAGCACCGGGAAUGAAUCCAGAUUUUCUCACUCAUAUGUCCCAAAUGGCCAGCACUGGUGGUGCUUCAGGUACAACAGAUCUCCCUGGCAUGGAUAAGGCGGGAUCUAGUGGGGGUGCACAGAGUGUUGUGGCACAGGCUGCAGCUGCAGCAGCCAAGCAUGCCAAACAGAGUCAAUCGCAGCAUCAGCAGCAAAUUACAGCAGCUAUCAUUCAGCAACAAAAUCGUGCCAUAGCUCAUCAGUCCCUGGAGAAAUUUGGCAAUAUGACGGCUCUGGAGAAGCAACGUGUACUGCAGCAGCUGGACAAGAAACACUACGAUUCCGUACAGCAGCAAGUGGCAGCUAAUAUUUGUCCACCGCCACCAAAUGUUCCAGCAAGUGGAAGUAGCUCAAUCAAUGUUCCCAGCUCAUCCAAGAGACGAAGUAAUACGAGUGCUGAUAAUAAAUUCUUAGGUAUGAUGCAGAGUAAUGCUGUGGGUGCAAAUGUGGGCAAUAGUGGUGGAGGUGGUGGUGGUGGUAUGAUGGGGCAGCAGGUAUUGAAUAUGUCUACUGGGGGACAGAAUCAUCUGCCACCACCGCCACCACCAGUUCAACAACAGCAGCAGCAACAUCAGGCACCAACGCAGCAGCAGCAAAGUCAGCAAUCAGCCAUGGAGCACAAUCAGCAGCACAAAGACUUUUUGCGCACGAAUCUCGAAUGCCUGGAGACACUGACGUCCAACAAGGAUCUUCUGGCACUACACAAUGGUGCCUGGGCCAAUCAGGAGGGACGUGAUGGCCUUGCCAUGGGUCAGGAAAAGAUUGUUAGGGCAUUUGCUGAGCUGAUGCGAAACAUGGCUAGAAUGAAGACAUUUAUUCGUCCGUCAAUGUGCAAGCCAUAUGGAAAGCAGAGUGAGAGUCUCCAGAAGACUCUCAUUGACACCAUUCAAUUGGUUCAAUCGCUACGCAAUUGUUUGCCGGCUCCACACAUCCCUGUGAGCUCGUGGAAGAGUGAGGAUCGCCAUCGACGUGAACCUGAUCUUGGGAAUUAUGAGAGCUAAAUGGACAACUGUGUCAAGAACCCAGGAAAAAAGGCCUAGGCUCCCAAGGUUGUCCGGAAAUGUGAGAUGUGGGAUUAGCUAUAAGAAUAUAUGACCAUGGAUGAUAUUUAUUUAGUAACUUGGAAAAAAAUCAACAUUUACGAACCUGCGACGUUACGAAGGUGCGAAACCUUCAUAUCUUUAUGCCAUUUUUAAAUAGAUUACAAAAAAAACUUUUUUUUUAUUACAUCACUUUCUAUGUCUUGCUCUUUAUUUCUGUUUCUGUAAGAGGCUAAAAACGGAUAUUUAUUUUUUUUGUGUUAUGAAAAUUGACUCUCUUAUCACAUUUAUUUCUAGUCAAGGUAUUUUUUUUAUUUUCUCGGUGUUUUACGGCUAUAAAAAAAAACAAAAAUGAUUUCUAAGAAAUUUUUGGUUUCUAAGGCAAUUUAUUUAUAUUGACAAAUUGUUGAAUUUUAUAUUUAAAGACAUGAAGAAGAAAAAAAAUGUAGGCUAAAAAUUUGCAAAAAGAGAACAAAUUGGCAUUUUAUCUGUGAUAACAAAAAGUUUAAAAAAAAAAGAAGGAAAAGGAAUGAAAUACUGAUUUAAAAAUUUGGAAAUAGAAAUGAAUUCUCAAAAUUUAUUUAUUUUUGUUUAAUCCGGCAAAACAUUUUCUUUUAGAAUUAAACGAAAAAUAGUUUAGAAUGAAAUAUUAGAAAAUGCAAAGAAUGUUUUGAUAAUGAAGAUAAAACGAAUAGAAAAGAAAGAUGGUAGCGGCAAAACAAUGAACAAUGAUUUAUACUGCAAUAUUUACAAAAUCUAUCUUAUUAUUUGUUUUUUUUUCUAAUUUUCUCAACUAUUUUAUUUUGUUGACUCUCUAUCUAUCACGUAUGCUACAUAAAUCUCAAUUUUUGCUCCAAUAUUAAUAUACAUAAAUAAUUAAACAUACAAAAUAAUCCCCAAUAAUCUGAUAAAAUAGUUAAUAAAAAGAAAACGAAUAACUUACAGUGUUGCAAUAAUAUAGAAAAUUAAUAAAUGGAAAUAAAAGAAAAUUAAAUAAUAAUUUUGCUCUCUUUCUCAUUCUAAUUUGACCUAAAACUGAUUGUAAAAAUAAAUGUAGAUGAAAAAAAGUAUGGAAAAUUACUAAUAUUGCAUUAAAAAAAAAUGAAAAUUUACUUGUAAAAACGUUUCAAGACUGCAAUUGAGAGAAGAGGAAAAAACAGACGAAAUGUUACACAAAUUAAAAAGUGAAAAAUCCCGCCUGAGUUUUUCGUCUUUCAUGCAAUUUAUUUUCUUUAAUUUAAAUUAUUUAUAGAUCUUAUCAAAUUGAUUGACGUACAAAAAGAAAAUGAUAAAAAUUUACUAUGGCAAACACUUCAAAUAAAUGCACAAAGUGCUCAAUUAGCAGUAUUAAAAUUGAUAAAAGGAGAAAAAGAAAACACAAAUCAAAGCACAAAAAAUCAGUUGCCAUUGCUUAGUUUAAUUGAAAAAGUGUUGAAAGAAUUUAUUUAAAAAAAAAAAAAAAACUAAAGAAAAAACAAUGAUAUGUUGUUGUUUAUGAAACAAUUAUGAAAAAAAGAAAGAAUUCAAAAAUCCAAUGAAUUUCGAAAAAUCAUAUCUAUAAUUGCUAAAAUAUUCAUAACUUUCUAUUUAAUAAUUAUUAAAUAAUGUUUUUUUUUAAGUUUCUUUCUGUGGCCAUAAUUUUGCGCGAAUUUAUGACAUUUUUUAUAUAAAUAAAAUAAAUAGUUCUUGAAUAUAAAUUUUGAAAGGAUAAAGGAAUCAAUUAUCAUAAGAAAGAAUUAGCUAAAGAAUUUCAAUGUGUAAUUUAUGAUAUUCAGAAAAAAACUAAGGAUAUAAUGAAUGCGAAAAUCAACAUAAAAUAGUACCGAAGGAAAAAUUAUUGAAAAAAAAAAAUUUCUGUGCAAUAAAUUUCGUAUAUUUCAUUCAAAAGC